GAUUGUGACACUUACGUCCUGAACGCUCGGCCUUUUACAGGUGUCUGUCUGUCCGCGUGAGUCACCGCCGCCGGGGGAGAAGUUUGUAAAAGUCGUGGAAAAGGUUUGGACAGCGGGUUUGAAAAGUUUUUCACCAGACGGAAGGACCAUGUCGAAGUUCAGACCCAGACUGUGCGUGCUGGAGAAAGGACCCGGCGGUUACGGGUUCCACCUGCACGGGGAGAAGGGGAAAAGCGGCCAGUUCAUCCGGCUCGUCGAGCCCGACACUCCGGCCGCUUCCGCCGGGCUGCUGGCCGGAGACCGCCUGGCGUUCGUCAACGGGCAGAGCGUGGAGGGCGAAGGUCACCAGCAGGUGGUGGCCAGGAUCCGGGCCACCAGCGGGACUCUGGAGCUGAUUGUUGUGGACCCGGAGACUUCGGAGCUGCUGAAGAAACACGACCUGCCGUGCCGGAAAGAGUUCGUCACGGAGGGAAUCCCGCUGCCGGGCGGCGACGGUGACUCAGACCGCGGGGAGGCCCACAGCGGCAGCGGCAGCCCGGGGGGGAGCAGCCCGAGGGGAGGCAGCCCGGUCCCGGCCGAGAAUGGAGACGCUUCGUCGGUGAGAUCCGAGAGGCUGAGCGUCACUUCCAAGGAUGAUAAAGUUCCACUGCGUCCUCAUCUGUGCCACAUGAAGAGGGGACCUGGCGGCUAUGGCUUCAACCUGCACAGCGACAAAUCCAGGCUGGGUCAGUACAUCAGGGCUGUGGACGAAGACUCUCCAGCACAAAAGGCCGGACUGAGGCCACAGGACAAGAUAAUUCAGGUUAACGGGAAGCCGGUUCUCGGCAUGCAGCACUCCGAGGUGGUGGGCAUCAUCAAAGCCGGAGGAGACGAGACGACACUGCUGGUGGUCAACACGGAAACUGAAGAAUUCUUCAAGAGGUGCAACGUGGUUCCGACUGAGCAGCACAUCACUGGACCACUUCCUGAUCCUUCAUCGGAUAGAGCUUCAGAGGACGAGUCUGCUGCAGAGGCGGGGCCUAAAAUGUCCGUGAGCUCGUCCGUUUCCAACUCCUCCUCCGACGGUGCCCCAGCGACCAGCAGCUCCCGACCAGGGGUCCAGAAGGCCCUGGAGCCGGAACGAGAACUGGCCCAGACGGUCGGGGAGCUUCCUCUGGGCAUGUCACUGGCUCAGGCCCGAGAACGAGCCCACCAGAAGCGAGCUGCAAAGAAAGCCCCACCCAUGGACUGGAGCAAGAGGAAUGAACUGUUCAGUAAUUUGUAAUCGUGAUCUUGGGACGAUCGGGUUUGAACUCGGGUUUGGGUUCGUACCCGCUUUCACUGCACACAGACGGGGCUCGCCUCGUUUUGCGCUUUUUAAAACUCAUGUCAAACAGUGUUAUUAAUGAUUGUUUUAAUUUAGGUGUCCUGCCACUUUUUUGUCUUAAUGAUGUCACACAAGAAUGAAUGUUAAUAUAUUCAGAAUGUUUCCUCCUAUGAAGAUAAAUCAAUAAACAGAUUCUAAGGACCAAAUGCUUUAAAAUGCCAAAAA